AUGGCAAACGAGGUUGUUGUUUUGGAUAAAUGGGCUAGCAUGUAUGGGAUGAGAGUUAGGAUUGCAUUAGCUGAAAAAGGUAUUAGCUAUGAAUCCAAAGAAGAAGAUUUUAAUAAUAAGAGUGAUUUGCUUCUUCAAUCUAACCCUAUUCACAAGAAGAUUCCAGUUCUUAUCCAUAAUGGUAAAUCCAUUUCUGAAUCUGGAAUUAUUGUCCAGUACAUUGAUGAGGUUUGGAAUCACAAAAAUCCAUUAUUUUCCUCUGACCCUUAUGAGAGAGCUCAAGCCAGAUUUUGGGUUGAUUAUAUUGACAAAAAGGUUUUUGCUACUUGGAUGAAAGUGUGGCUUUCAAAAGGUGAAGAAUAUGAGGAAGCUAAGAAGGAGUUGAUCUCUAUCUUUAAGACACUAGAGGAGACAUUAGGUGACAAGAGUUUUUAUGGUGUGGAGACUCCUAAACUUGUGGCUUGGGGAAAGAGAUGCAUUGAGAAAGAAAGUGUUUCAAAAUCACUUCCUGAUGAGAACAAGAUAUAUGAAUAUGUUGUGGCUGGCAAGAAAGCACUUGGGUAUGAUGAUUAG